UCUCUGUAGCGAUUAAAUACCAAAAAAAAAAUCAAAUCAAAUAAAAUAAAAUCAAACUAUAAUUUAAUAUAACUCGCCAACACCCACAGUUAAAGCCAAAUAAAAAGAACCCAGAAAGUGGCUAGUCUAGUUAAGAAAAUAAGACGCUUAUCAUCAGGCGGUUAUUAUGAAAGGCAACCAUUAUAAGAUGUCUCGUAACAAAGACAAAUACGACAGCGCCAAUCGAAGGCAGCAGAUCUUUCUCUCCCAAGAGGACAUUGCCGCUGGCAAAAAGACAAACUGGAGCGGCCUCGAAAUAACUGGCUGCGUGCGGAACAUCAGCCCUUCGCUGUGGGAGUUCGAGCAUUUGACCGCCCUCUACCUGAACGACAACCAGCUGCUGCGCCUCCCUGCCGACGUGGGCAUGCUGACCAGCCUCCGCACCCUGGAUCUCUCUAGCAAUAAGCUGCGAAGCCUGCCCGCCGAGCUGGGCGAGUUAAUACAGCUGAGGGAACUGCUGCUGAACAACAACUUUCUGCGCGUGCUGCCGUACGAGAUUGGCAAGCUCUUCCAUCUGGUCAUACUCGGCCUGAUGGGAAAUCCGCUGCAAAAGGAGUUUAUGAACAUCUACAACGAGCCGAAUGGCACGUCCAAACUGCUCACCUACAUGCUGGACAACUUGUCAUUUACCGUGAAUCCACCACCCCAGAGGCCAUGGCUGCCCCUGGCCAAGCCGAACAAAACGCGUCCAGCCUGCAUUUUUACGGUCAUGUGCUACAAUGUGCUCUGCGAUAAAUAUGCGACACGGCAAAUGUACGGCUACUGCCCAUCGUGGGCCCUGUGCUGGGAAUACAGGAAAAAGUCAAUCAUCGACGAGAUACGUCAUUAUUCGGCGGACAUUAUAAGCCUGCAGGAGAUCGAAACGGAGCAGUUCUAUCACUUCUUCCUGCCAGAGCUCAAGAACGAUGGCUACGAGGGCAUAUUCUCGCCCAAGUCGCGUGCCAAGACAAUGUCCGAGGUGGAGCGUAAAUAUGUCGAUGGGUGUGCAAUCUUCUUCAGGGCCUCAAAAUUCACCUUGAUCAAAGAGCACUUGAUCGAAUUUAAUAAACUGGCGAUGACCAAUGCCGAGGGAUCAGACAACAUGCUGAACCGUGUGAUGCCCAAAGACAACAUUGGUCUGGCCGCUCUGCUCAAGGUGAAGGAGAAUGCCUGGGAGCCGAUGUCCGAGGUGACACAGAUCUCACAGCCGCUGCUCGUUUGCACGGCGCACAUCCACUGGGAUCCGGAAUUCUGCGAUGUCAAGCUCAUCCAGACGAUGAUGCUCAGCAACGAGCUAAAGACGAUAAUUGACGAGGCCUCGCACAGCUUCAGGCCGGGACACAAGAACGACUCAAACAGCGUUCAGCUGCUGCUCUGCGGCGACUUCAAUUCGCUACCCGACUCUGGAGUUGUUGAGUUUUUGGGCAAGGGAAAGGUCUCGAUGGACCAUCUGGACUUUAAGGACAUGGGCUACAAGUCGUGCCUGCAGCGCUUGCUCUCGAACGACACCAACGAGUUCACGCAUUCCUUCAAACUGGCCUCCGCUUACAGCGAAGACAUAAUGCCGCACACCAACUACACGUUCGAUUUCAAGGGCAUCAUCGACUACAUAUUCUACACGAAGACGGGCAUGGUGCCAUUGGGUCUGCUCGGACCGGUCUCAAAUGAUUGGCUGCGCGAGAACAAGGUGGUCGGAUGUCCCCAUCCUCAUAUACCCUCCGAUCAUUUUCCGCUGCUCGUUGAACUGGAGCUGAUGCACACGGCCAGCCAGGUGCCUCCCAAUGGGCUGAUCAACCGACGGUAGCAAUAGAAUAGACGCGGCAGACCCACCACAACCACCAUUAUGACAACGACAACUACACGGACAGCAGCCACAAUCGGAGGAGGAGCAAGUGUGAGCAGUGGUAGUGGUGUUGGUGGUGGUGGUGGUGUCGCCGGCGUCGCCAUCAACAGCAACAGCAGCAGCAGUAGCGGUGGGGUAAAUAAUAUCCAUGGCAGCAGUUACAGGGGACGCAGCAACAGUGGUAGUGGCAGUGGAAGCGGCAGUCACAGCCACAGCCAUCGCAUUGUGACACAGAGAAAAAUCAAUCCUGUAGCAGGAACAGCAGCAGCGGCACCACCAACAACAGAGAAACAGCCACCACCACCGCCAUGAAGAGAGUUAUCCAAUCCACGACCACAUGCCGCACACACACAGACAAACAACUGACGUGGCGCUCUGUCCGCAUCGAAGAUUCAGUUUUAGUUAUGUAUGUUAUAAAGAUUUGAUCCCUCAACCACCCCCCAUACCCAACCACUCAACCGAUCAUCCUCAAAAAAUCCCAAUAAGUUAUAAGUUGACGACGUUGUUGAGGCAUCGCUCCUUUGUGCGCUGGUUCGCAAAGCGCGUUACCAAUGCAAAACAAAA